AUGACUGUCAACCUUCUAAAGUCGAUAGCGAGCUCCUACGAGCAAUUUGAGGCCAUUUUCAACGGUAACAAGGUCCCGGGCCUCUUCAAAGUCUUCAAAGACAUCGUUGGCUCCUGCACAGAUUCUACAAAAGCGUGUGUGUGCUUACGCCUAUUCAACCUCUGUUCCACCGACGCUCCUGAGGCCCUUCUGCAAUUCAAUGACUUCCUACCCGCUGACUAUGCUUUCAUAGCGAAGAGCGCCGGUCCUGGUGCCAAGCCACUGGUCCUCCUCCCCAAGGCCUUAGAAGAGCACAGCAGGACUUGUCCCAAUGACCACGGUGCCACCCACCAUCCGAACUCUCAUGAGGACGAGAACGUGCUGAUGUACACCAUAGAGAGCCUACUUCCGGCCGAUAGUUCGUUAGAAUUUAAGCACCUCAUUAUCGCUUUUUCAUCCCAGCAAGUGGAAGCAGUUGAGUUUAUUAUGUACAGUACGUACCUAAUGAAGGAGUAUCCGGAGUUCUUAACCUGCUUGAUGUUCUAUUUAACCCCCAGCUGGAAGAAGUUUUCAUAUAAAUCCUUAAACAUAGUUCCCCUCGAACAAAUGGGUGCCAAAUAUGGACUGUCCCAGGACUUGUCGGAUGAUGAAUACAUGCGUGCUAUUCUCUAUUUCGUUUCUAAUUCUAAUUUAUUAUCUCAGAAUGCUCUAGAGUGGCGCACGUCAGUGAUUCAGUCCAUAAGUUCCAGUUUAAAUGAGAUGAUGGCGAAGUCUCCGAAGCUCUUCGACCACACGCGAACCACUGUACUGAAUCUGAUGGUUGAUAACCGGACAAAAGAGGUCUAUCAACCCUUUGACGACCAAGCAGGAUUGCCUCCACAAAUGUACAGGCAAUCUAGUGCAGAAUACGGGGUACCUACUGGAGCUUCGGCUGGCUCUCUGCGUGCUGCUCCGGGAAAGGCUGCGGCAAAAGAUAAAUCUAUAAAGCCUUACAAAGCAAAAUCAGGCUCUAACUCUCGGUCAUCUGAUCACUGGUCUUUGGGUAGAAAUACUAUAGGGAGCAUGCGCUCGAUACUGCUAUAUGAGGGUGCCUUCGGGGCUGAAUUCAAAAAUCUGGCUGAACUGGCACAACAUACAGAGAGCUACUUUUUGGCACUGCUUCACGCAAAGGAACUUCCACGACAUGCCAUUUUAUCAUAUCGUAUACCGUGUUGUCGGGUGUUUCUCAUUGACGUCUGUGAGACGCUCCUAAAUUCGAACGCACUACCCCUUAUGAAGGACAGCUAUGCUGCUGCGAAGAUGCACAAGUAUGGGCUUGUCGAUUCCUUUACAGACUAUGGAGUUGUCUCCAGCAACUUCGACAUGGAAAGCCACGACGAAACAGACAAGGGAAAAACUGCUCCAUCAACGGCUUUGAGCCUAGAGUAUUUCACUCGGCGCCAAGAAUAUUUGAGGAAGGUUCAGCUAUUUAUGAAACGAUAUGUCUCUCUUCCUCUAGCAGAUCAAUAUCUUCUUAUCACUAGAAAGCACAACGAAGCCAUUACAUUCAUUGAGAACGCCUUCUUUUGUCAAUUAAAGUAUAAUUUACGAGGGCUCUUCGCUCUGGCGUCCCUCAACGAAGUUGGUGACUCGCGUCCUCUCUCGUAUGCAUGGCAACAAGUGACCGCAUCAUACAUCAAGGCAAAUUCGCAGAUGAACUAUCCUUGUAGAAUAACAGUGGACGAUUCUUUUCUAGUCUACAUGCAAUUGACUCAUUCGAUGCACAUCCAGGAGAUUCUAGAGUCCUAUCCAUCGAUUGGACAUAAGGCAUGUCGAGGGCUUCUGGCUCAGCGUACUAACAAAGAGAUCCUUGACCAGCAUGCGCCAUUCAUUGAGCGCGGGAUUCUAAGUACACGCGAUAUCUACGAGAACUUUCUAUUCUUCAGCAACGACCGCAACUUUGAUACAAUAUCUCAGAUCCCACAAUCAUGGAGCAGUGCAAUCAACUACAUUCUUUUCUACUCUGGUUCUGGCAACUACACGACUCAAAACAUUCAUACCCACAAUAUGAUCAGUAUUCAACAAACAGCACAGAUUGCAGAGGGAAUAUCCACGGGGACGAUACCCUCAUAUUCUCAAUGGUUCACUCAGACAGGCGACAUGCUUCUUCCCCUCGACAUACCUGUCAUGAGCAUUGCCACGGAGAGUAACUUGACAACCUUUGAGAUGCGGGUGAAUCGUCUGAGUAUGGAGGAAAGGAACAGGAUUUCUGCUGCGAAUAUCCCUGAGUGUAACACAUCUUAUCGAUUCAAGCACCCCGUUCGAUUAGUCAGACAAGACUCCGUGCUGAAUAAGUACUACUAUGGCACCUUCCCAAUGGGGUCUGAGAGCAGCGCCAAAUCCAUACGUCAGAUGAACGUCUCGCAACUCAUGGAGGAUAACAGAAAAAUAGUCCAAAGCACUGAUGACAUUGCUGGAUUGGAAGAAGAACUCAUUAAAUAUGACGUGGUCAUAUACAAUCUUAAGCUAAUAGAGCAGAAGCUCCAAGUCUUUUGCUCAAAAUACUGUCCAAAUCUUCUACGGAUAGAGUGUAACCGCAACUAUGAAGGCGCACACGAUGUUCUUUAUGAAGGUGAUUGUCAAUUUGAUGACAUGACGUUCGAGACUGUCAAGAAGCGGGAGUCUGUUCUCGCGAGUGGCUCCAUUGCCAAAGAGAUGGGCGGGUCCUCACAUACUAUGGAGUCAUCCUGCUCAGAUCCGUAUGUCAUCUCGACUGUCCAGGAGCCGGAAGAGGUUGCUAGAAACAUGAAUGAGCCUGAAAUUAAGAAGUUAGUUGCACCGUCUCCUACAAGUCCCACCAAUCAUGCUGAACCAGAGGCAUCUCUCCUACCAAGGCCCUCUGAAAGAGAAAAUUCCGACCCGGUUCACGGCGAGCCAAGUAUUCCUAUGGCAGCCCCCAAGCUUCUAAUUAAGAAUGAAGCUACGUAUUUGCCGGAUAUACGACAUGCAGGUGUAUCUGUCAAGAGAGAGGAAGAGUUGGGUGUGCAAGGUUCAGCCCCCAAGGAUCCUGCAGAUGGGGAAAUUACCUGCAGAAACACAGUCCCCGACUCCCCUAUUGCCGCACAUAUUACUGCACGCUUUCUACAACACCCUCAAGAGACCAGUAUAUAUCCCCUAUCUCCAGGCAAUGCAGCUGGGUCCCAACAGCGGCAUAGAAGCAAGCUCUCCACAACCGACAUUCAGCGGGAGGUUAUGAAGGACAUGGAACUGGGUCAAACUGCAUGUCUCGAUUUACCGCUACCAUGCCUGGAAACAAUCAAGUCAGUGAUAGGGUUGGACUACUAUGACCUCUUCCUCAGACAUCCCAAGACUUCGGCCCCGUUCGUUCUUAAGCGACUUAGGGUAUUCCUCAGAGAUCUUCAAAGCCACCGAAACCUUAAUCAGAGUCCGUUGAUCAUACGGAAGUUAAGGACUUGUAGUCUCAGAAAUCUGGACCACUUGAGUAACGGUCAGGCUGAGAUAGACAAGAAGGCGUUUGUCAUACGGAACAUGUUUGCAGAUUUUGAACUAAAACAAAAGAACAGUUAUUAUAUCAGCGACACUCUUCUAGAUCGAGGGCACUAUGACUGCAUUACUUCUGAAUUUGUUCUCAAACCAGAGAUAAAAGACCCAACUGAUGACAACCAGAUGUCGUUUUGGGACAAGCUCAUGUCAAUCAGCGAUGCGUGUCCGACGCUCACCAAGUUCUGGCACGAUGAAGAGCAGUGUCCAGAGGAGCGCUUUAGAGAGCAGAGAAAGAUCACCCAGGACCAACUUAUCCAUAUCUUAUCCAGCCAAGCUUAUCCUGGUUGCUAUUGCUCCUGUAGCGAUCGGUUGAGUAAUGUGAAGGAGACUCCGAUCAGUGACACUGGCCUCUCUCUGCUCAACAAGCUGAAGAUAGUGGUCGAUGCCAUGUAUGCACAAGCGCGCCAGAAGCUAGGCCUUUCUGCCAAUCCCGCCCAACACAAGUGCUACUUUUUGCCCCAUAUAGCAUUCAAUAUACGCCACAUUAAGCCUGAGGCGCUUCAGUUUCUCAAGACCUGGUUACUGCACUCCCACUCCGACACUCCCUCAUCCGUCUUUUCGGCAACGGUGGAUGAUGGCCUUCAGGAGGGCUUCUUUAAUGCAGUCUUCGGGCAGAUCCUUUACGCAGACAGAGACGUAGAGAUGAACGAAACCCAAUCUGCUUCUAUUGUCGAGUUCAUGACAUACAUUCUCUUGAGAUUUGCUUACUCUGUGCUCACUAGGCUUUCAAUCGCACGACAGAUCUGUGAAGAGGUCCGCCCUGGCGUGUCUGCCGAGACAUUACAGUUCGAGGUACUUCGCAAAUUUGGGCUUGUAGAUCCAUUUGACCCUGCAAACCCACGAAACGCCUAUGAGUACUCGAUCCUGUUUAUGAAUCUCUUGAACGCUAUUCCAGGAAACAUAGCCAAUUGUGCAGACAUAGACCAGAUACCAACGCAAUCCCUUGGCGCAUACUUUACAGAAAAGGAGAUUGCUGAGGCAUUGGACUCUGCUAAAGACAGCUUCCAGCCAGGAGUGGGCUCAGAGGCCCGAGAUGAACAAGCCAAGAGCCCUAGGACAGACCUUUAUUGGCUUAUUGUGCAGUGGUAUAUACUAACUGAAAAGGUAUCACAGGAGCAAUUUGAGUUCGAUAUGUCAGCUCUAUUAGGCUCCUCGGUGGCCGUUAUCUUCAACCUCAAGCCCAUCAUGAAAAAUAUGCGCAAAAUAUACACUGACAUAUUUACAAUGUACGCCGAAGUGCAUCGGAUACACGCUUCGGAUGGUAUCUUCAAGGGGAAUACCGUGGACGCCAACAUGAUCAGUGCCGUGUUGCUCUAUAUCCAGCAUGCCCUAAAAAUUAACAUGCUAGCGGAGCAAUCCGGUGAGCUUUUGAGUCGGACUCUCCUAUGCGAUAUUGCCAAUAAGCGGGGGUCUGGCAUUAUGCUCUGUGAAGUGGUGGCUGGAUGCAUGUGCUUUACAGAGCUAUUUGAUGUUAAGCCGAUGCCCUAG